AUGUGUGAACUCAAAAAUCCUUACAUAUGGCUGUUGCAAUUUAUAGGUCUCUUGGGCCUUAUUGUCCUGUGUCUAUGGCUGUCCUUGCGACCCAAGAGCCCCUCCUACGCUGUUGUGCUCCUCUCCAUAGAACGGCCCUCUAACUCAAAUGAAAACGGCACCAUUGUUUGCAGCCUUGAAAUAGAGAACCCAAACAAGGACUCAAGCAUUUACUAUGAUGACAUAUUAUUAAGUUUCUUAUAUGGGCAGCAGGAUGAUGAGGUUGGGAGGACAACUAUAAGCUCAUUCCAUCAAAAAGGUCAGAACACCCGAGAGGUAUAUCAAAUUGUUAAUGGCAAGCCUCGACCGUUCAAACCCCUCAUAAAUGCCAUCUCAAACUCAACCGCAGAGUUGAAAGUUGCUUUGGUGACAAGAUUUCGAUACAAGACAUGGGGAAUUAAGAGCAAGUUUCAUGGGUUAAACCUUAGAGGCAUUCUACCAAUUGAUUCCGACGGGAAGCUUUCACGUAAGAAGAAAAAGUAUCCACUCAGUGGUAAUUCCAAAAAACUAACAAGGUCCAAAAUAAAACCCUGA